CUUAGUUUAAUAAUAACCAUUUUCAUAGCCAAAUUUUUUAAGUCGGAACGCUUGGCGGAUUUUGCUACAUCAGUACACAUCACGCGUGCUUAGAAUGUCUUUUUGUGAAGACAAAAAAACGGUUCAGCCUAUCUCCAGGGAUAUGGACAGUUCAGUGACUCUGAACCGGUCAGUUAUGAGGCUUCUUUAUGAGCAGAUGACAUCUCAGUCAGAGUUUUGCGACGUCACCAUCACAUUUGGUGACAAGGAGAACUUUGAGGAGAUGAAAGCUCAUUCCUGUGUUUUGGUCUACAGCGCAUACUUUGAGUCAUUAUACAGCAGUGGCUUACAGGAAAAGGAACAAGGGAAGGUUCAUAUUGGCAUAGGUAAACCAGAGUGCAUUAAAAUGGCUCUGACAUACCUAUAUACUGGAAAAAUCCAUUUGGAGUUCUCAAAACUCAAGGAUAUUUUGGAAGUUGCCGACUACCUCCAAAUAGAUGAUCUCAAAGCUGACUGUAACAGAUACCUGCGCAAUACGGAGCUGACAAUUAAGAACUGUGUUCCCCUGUGCCUGCUUUCCGGCUCCUACAAUAUUGAAUUUUAUUCACAAGCCUUAGAAUUCAUGAGGGCACAUUUACCUGAUGUUAUGGACACUCCAGAGGCCUUUGAAUUGUCGCCCGACUCUCUUUUGGAUAUUGUGUCCGAUCCAGCAUUGAGCUAUGUACCUAGGAUUUCUCUCUUCAAUUUUAUUGUAAAAUGGGUUGAUCUGGAUCCUAAAGAACGCACCAAGUAUUUCGCCGAACUGUUUUCCUCCUUGGACUUGACGAAAAUACCCCUUAAAUUCUUAACCAAUGAAGUGAAAUCCUGUCCACAUGUGAUGUCCUCACCAGAAUGCCUUAACAAGUAUGGAAAUAUAGUACAAAUGCUGAAGAAAGGGAUUAUAAAAGAGAAUUCUACUAUUGAUGUUCUGUUUUUGGUCGGUGGGAUGGACGAAAGGGAUAGGUUUAACAAGAUUGUGUUUGUAUACUUGAUACAAGAAGAUAGAUGGAUAGAAUUAUCGAGAAUCCCGUACACUCUUGAUUGCACAGAAGUUACGUGCUCUUUGAACUGUAAGGAUGAUGCUCUGUUCAUUGUUGAACGAUGGCGUUACGAGGACACAGGAGGGCAGAUAAAAGUAUACAAGUACGAUCUCAAUGCAAGGAACUGGUCCUCUCACUUGACCCCAUUUGAGGACACAGAUAGUGUUCCCUCAGGGAGUGAUGUUCACAGCAUGUUUGCGUUAAAAGAAACCAAUGAAUUCUGCAUCAUUUCUGAAGGCUUUCUGCCGCCUAGCAACGUUAACUCAGUUGUGGUAUGUGCUACAUAUUAUGAUAGUGAGUUGAAAAAUAUCAUCUCCAGGACGCAGAUUUUUAAGACAAAGGAAGAUGCAGCAGUGUCUUCAUGCAUAGCUGACAAUAGGUACAUUUGUUCAUUAAUAUUCAACCCGCUUGAUGAGCUGAAUGGCCGAAAUACUGGGCAGAGGUUUCUAGUCCGAGACACCAAAGGAAGACAAGUGAAAGGAUUUCAAAACUUCUCAAGGGGGUCAUGUCGAGCUGAUGAAAUACUUCCUAUUGGGCAUGAGAUUUAUAUGUGUGAUUUUGAAGCCGAUCCUGGAAGUCAGGGUGAGACCCUCGUAAGAUUUGACCUUCAGAAGCGCAAAUGGUUGCGCUCUAAUGGGUCAAUGUUGCUGAAAAGAAUGAGAAGGAUGUAUGCCCGGUGUUCCUUUGGGAAGAAAAUCUAUGUAGUUGGGGGAGACACAGACGAUGGACCUGUUAACUAUGCUGAUGUCUUUGAUCCCAGUGAAGCCAAAUGGGAGCAGAUAGCCCCCAUUCCAAAGCCUUUAGCAUGUGUAGUAAUGUGUCCAGGGAAGAUAUCCAGUGAGUUUCACACUUGUCAUGCAAACUGCCCUCAUUGCAAAGUGAAGAAGAGCUUGUUUGAUCCAGCUUCACAGAGCGUCACCUCAGAAGACCUAUGGAGUGAUGAUUCUGACAGUGAGCAAGGAGACUGUUCAAUCAUGUGAUCUCUAGAUGCACUGAUGAUUAAGACUUAAUGUGUAGGUAUCAUGUGUACAUUCCUGAAGAUGUAAUGUGUACAUUGCUGUAGAUCAUGAUGUCAUGUGUACAUUGUUGUAAUAUCAUGUGUACAUUACUGUGAUGUCAUGUGUACAUUGUUGUAGAUGUCAUAUGUACAUUGCUGUAUAUGUCAUGUGUACAUUUCCAUUAGAUGUCAUGUGUACAUUCUGGUAGAGGUCAAGUGUAUAUUGCUGCAAAUGAAGUGUGUACAUUCCUGUUGAUGUCAUUGCUGGAGAUGUCUUGUGUACAUUUCUGUAGAUGCCAUAUGUACAUUGCUGUAUAUGCCAUGUGUACAUUUCUGUAAAUGUCAUGUGUACAUUUCUGUAGAUGUCAUGUGUACACUACUGUAAAUGCCAUGUGUUCAUUGCUGUUGAUAUCAUGUGUGCAUUGCUGUGAUGUCAUGUGUACAUUGCUGUUGAUAUCAUGCGUACAUUUCUGUAGAUAUCAUGUGUACAUUUCGGUAGAUGUCAUGUGUACAUUUCUGUAGAUGUCAUGUGUACAUUGCUGUAAAUGCCAUGUGUACAUUGCUGUCGAUAUCAUAUGUACAUUUCUGUAGAUGUCAUGUGUACAUUGCUGUAAAUGCCAUGUGUACAUUGCUGUAGAUGUCAUGUGUACAUUUUUGUAGAUGUCAUGUGUACAUUGCUGUAAAUGCCAUGUGUACAUUGCUGUAGAUAUCAUGUGUACAUUUCUGUAUAUGUCAUGUGUACAUUGCUGUAAAUGUCAUGUGUGCAGUACUGUGAUGUCAUGUGUACAUUGCUGUAAAUGUCAUGUGUGCAGUACUAUGAUGUCAUGUGUACAUUGCUGUAAAUGUCAUGUGUACAUUGCUGUAAAUGUCAUGUGUACGUUGCUGUAUAUGCCAUUUGUAUCUAACUGUAGAUGUCAAAUGAAUAUUAAAAGCUGAAUGUGUUUUAAUGUCGAGUGAACUGACUUGGCAUGUUAUGUGAAAAUGGAACAAUGCUAUGGAUGUGAAGUGUAAGUGAUGUCAAUGAGUAUAUUGCUAAUCAUUGAUGAUGACAAGUGACUGAAAAGUGAUAGGAAUUUAUUGUGUACAUGUUUUCAUUGAUGUGAAAAAAAUAAAUGUUAUUUAUAUAAACUGAAUACAUUAGUAAUGGAACAAAUGUUGCCAAGUGAUUGAAGUGCUGUUGAUGUCAAAUUUGAGCAUUGCUGUUGAUGUCAAUUUGUCAAAUGGGUAUUAUUGAUGUUAAAUACUAGUGCUUGAAUUGUUGCUGUUAUCAAGAAAAGGUGAUUUGUACUUGUUCUAAUUUGAACAUUGCUAUACUUGUUAAUUUGAUGUGCUAAUUAUGUCAUUUGGACAGUACUUUUGAUAUCAAUUUGACAAAUGAUUGUUAUUGAUGUCCAAUUAGAUGUUGCUUUUGAUGUCAAAACAAUUACUUGUUAGUGUUUGUACAUAGAUAUUGAUGUUAAAUCAGCAUUUUUUCUGUAGGUGUACAUCUGAACUUUACUUUUGAUAUCAAACAUAUAUAUUGCUGUUAAAGUCAGAUAAGAACAUCACUUUUGAUGGAAAAAUUUCCCAAUGGAGAAACAUUUUUCUCCCCUUUCAUUCGUGUAAGGCGGAGUUCUCUUCCUGUCCUUACAGUGUUCUUUGCCUGCGUAGACAUGCUACUUGAUGACAAUGUUUUAGUGUAACAUAUAAGCAUGUGUUUUGUUUUAUAUCAAGGUAUGCACAUUGAAACUGCAAUCUGUUUCCGUUUGACCAUUAUACUGUUAAACUUGUCUCAUCAUGUUACAAUAAUGAAAGUUUGAAUCUAACAGUGGUAUGUUUUGUUGAAACAGAGUCAGCAUAAUAAUUUUGUUUUUUGUUCUGAUUAAAAUUCUG